AUGCAUUUGUCAACCUCGUUGUUUGUGAUUUUAUUCCAAAUAAUAGUGCCCAUUGUUGCUUGGAAAGAUUAUGAAAAUGAAUAUCCCUACAAAUAUUUUUAUGCUUGUCAAUAUCAAUUGAGAUUUGAAGCCACUUACUGUCCACCGACAAAUAGAACAUGUUCUUGUUUGAACCCCAAUUUUCUUGCUUCAAUUGCUGGUUGUCUUGAAGCUAAUAUUGAUGGUCAUCCAACGGAACAAAUGUUACAUGCUACUUUUGAAACUUGUGAACGUUAUAAUGUAACUCUCGCAGAUGAUUGGUAUGACACCAGCUUGAAAUAUUACCAUGAGAAUGCCAAAGCUCCUGUUGAAAUACCAAAUUUUAACAGGUCAAAGGUUAUCGAUGUACCCAUCAUUAUGAACCACACCAGGCUGAUCAUGUUUCAAACCUCGUACAAAAACUUUUACAACAAUUAUCAAAACUCGCUUUACUACGGUGCAGGAAUUUUGGCAUAUUGGGCUCUCGUUUUGGUCAUGGGUGCAGUGAUAAACUGGGGUAAAUUUUUGUUUCCUGGAACCACUAAAAAAAUGACAUAUCCCAUCGUCAACUACUGGAGAAAGUACGUGACUAUACCGGCAACUUUCCGCAAAAAGAAGGCGCAAGAUCAACAAUUUUUGAAAAUAUUUGGGUUCCUUAUCCCAUCCAGGUUUGAGUCGUUGAUUAUUGUUUUGUUCUACGGUGUCACCUUGAUAGUCAAUGCAGUUGAAAUGGAAGCUAUGGAAGAUGAUCCACUUAUGGAUUCUAAAUACAGAGCCGAGACGAGAUACGUUGGUGAUAGAACCGGUAUUACAGGUACCAUGUUUAUGCCGUUGAUUUUUUUAUUUGCAGGAAGAAACAACUUUUUGCAAUGGCUUACUAGAUGGAAUUAUAGUACAUUUAUGACCUUCCAUAGACACGUUUCAAGGGUUUGUGUUAUUUUGAUUAUCGUUCAUUCGUUUGCUUACACUGCUUUACUUGCUGAUCAAUUUGCUUCUAGAGCAGCUGAACCUUACUUUUAUUGGGGUAUUGUUGGAACUCUUGCUGGAGGGUUAAUGCUUGCGCAAGCCAUCUUGUUUCUUCGUCGCAACUGGUAUGAGAUCUUUCUUCUUGUGCAUAUUGCUCUUGCUGCAGUAUGGCUUCUUGGAUGCUGGUAUCACCUUAUCGACUUGGGUUAUAUCCAAAUGGUUGUCCCCGCUAUUGCCAUCUGGGUGGCUGAUCGUUUUGCGCGUAUCCUUCGUUUGUUCUUUUUUGGUUUCCCCAAAGCUGAUGUAUACUUAUUAGCUGAUGAGACUUUGAAGGUUGUGAUUCCCAAACCAAGCUAUUGGAAGUCGAUUCCUGGUGGCCAUGCAUUUAUUCAUUUCCUUAAACCAACAUAUUUCUGGCAAUCGCAUCCAUUUACAUUCACUGAUGGUAUUGAGGACAAGGAUAACAUUACCAUGUACUUGAAAGUUAAAGGUGGUAUUACUCACUCCUUGUACAAGAUGUUAGUUGCUGCUCCUGGUAGACAAUGUAAAGUCAGGGUUGCUGUUGAGGGUCCAUAUGACGAAGCAACGCCUGCCAAGUAUGCUGAUACUGCAGUGUUUGUUGCUGGUGGUAAUGGUAUUCCCGGUAUCUACUCAGAGAUAAUUGACAUUGCUAAACAUACAACGCAUUCUGAAAAGCAAUCUUUGAAGUUGUAUUGGGUCAUCAGAGAGUGGAGAUCGUUGUUUUGGUUCUACGAGGAAUUGGUGAAUUUGAACAAAACAAACAUCCAAACGACAAUUUAUGUGACUAGACCUGAUGUCAUCACGUGCAUUGAGGACUUUUCACAAAGGUUCACAGCAACAACCACAACAACAAAAACAACAACAAUCAAUUCUGGAUCGUUAAAGUUAGAAUCAAACACAGACGCAUCAUUUGAAGAAAAUGAGAAUGAAAAACAGGAAACCCUUGGUAAAGAUAUGGCAGUCAAGGAAGUUGUCCAUGAUGAUCUUUCAAGUGACGAGAAAUCGGAUGUUACAUUGAUCAUCAAUUCUAUUAAGAAUGAGCUUUCGCAUAUCACAUUUUUGGAGGGCAGACCAGACUUUGAGAAGAUUGUUCCUCAAGAGAUUCACGAAUCCAAUGGAUCUGUUACAUUUGUCACUUGUGGACACCCAGCAAUGGUUGAUGAGUUGAGAUAUUGUUGUGCACACAAUGUAGACAACAAGGAAAGAAAGAGGGUGGACUUUUUUGAGCAGAUCCAAGUGUGGGCAUAA